AAAGCGAGCCAUGGAAUUGAAUGCGACAUUCUUUUCAACAAACAGCUCGGCCCACUCCUGAGAAAGCCACCGCCGGCCGCCGGUAAGGGUGCUGCUCUUCCUCCUUCUGCUUUCUUACUCGCGCUGUGAUAUGGAUUGCAGAGAAGAUCUGAAGUCGAUCCUCCCAUUCCUUCCUUUCAUAGUCCGCUCGUCCUCUCUCUUCUGGCCACCGAAAGCUUUCAAUUCCCUUAAAGCUCUUGCACUUGGCACUGACUUCAGUCGAGUCGACUCUGGCGAGAUUCUUUUCGAUGCCAUCACUGAUAUCAGAGACUCCCUUGGUCUCUCACACGAGCGAUUGGCUCCCAACGCCGUCAAUGGCUACUCGCUUUUCUUCGACGAGUUGAUGUCGAGGGCGGAUUCGAGGUUCUGGUUCGGUGAGGUCGUGCCGAAGCUGGCGAGCCUGUUGCUGCGACUGCCGUUUCUUCUGGAAGCGCAUUAUCUGGAUUCUGAUAUGAAAUUUGGCAAAGGGAAGGCUGGACUUCGUUUGAUGGAUCAGCAGGAUGCUGGGAUAGUAUUCCUCAGUCAGGAGUUAGUGGCUGCUCUUCUUGCUUGUGCACUCUUUUGCCUAUUUCCCACUAGUCGCAGAACCUGGAAGUCUCUUCCUACCAUUAAUUUUGAUCAACUGUUUGCAUGUAUUCAUCCUCAUUGCAGCCAAAGUCAGGAGCACAAAAUCAAGUGUCUUAUUCACUAUUUUGAGAGGACAUGUCUAAGUAUGCCGGAAGGUUUUGUCUCUUUUGAACGGAAACUUCUUACUCUCAGGCAGAGUGGCAAUGUUGUUUCCUAUCCAGAGGCAGCCUUUUGGAAGAAAUCUACAGUACCUUUGUGUUCAUUUGAGGCAUUUUCCUCAGGCUUUAUAGAAGACCAGCAACAUGAAGCCCUUGAAGUUGAUUUUGCCAAUGAAUACUUUGGUGGUGGUGCUCUUGUCAUGGGUUGUGUCCAGGAAGAAAUCCGCUUCAUGAUCAAUCCAGAGUUGAUCGUGGGGAUGCUUUUCAUGGUUUCCAUGCAGAAGAAUGAAGCUAUUGAGGUUAUUGGUUCAGAAAGGUUUUCAAAUUACACCGGGUAUGGUUCCUCAUUCCGUUUUGCUGGCGAUUAUGUGGAUAAAAGGCCUUUUGAUGCUAGAAGUAGACGAAAGACAAGAAUAAUUGCAGUAGAUGCCCUUCAGAAUCCAGGAAAAUGGCAAUAUGGACUCGAUUGCAUUGUUAGAGAAACAAACAAGGCGUUCUGUGGUUUUCUUGAUCAAUCAAAAUAUAAAAGCUAUAUGAAGAUAUUUCAGGAGACGUCUCCUUACAAAAGCGGUCUCAGCAAGGAUGAAGCUUCCAUCAUUGCCAGCAAUGAUCUCUGUGGUUCCAGUGAUACUCCGCCGCAAACUCAGGAUCCUGUUGCUUGUUUUGAAAACCAUAGUGGCGAUAAGUUGAGUACUACUUCAGAGACCUCUGUGGAAGAUAUUGGAAUUGCAACUGGUAACUGGGGCUGUGGUGCUUUUGGUGGAGAUCCACAGAUUAAGAGUGUAGUUCAGUGGCUUGCUGCAUCUCAGGCAUUGAGACCAUUCAUGCAUUACUAUACCUUCGGAACAACAGAACUGCGGAAAUUGGAUGAGGUAUCUCACUGGAUCUUAUCUCAAGGCUGGACAGUAGGAGAUCUAUGGAGCAUAUUGAUUGAAUACUCCACACAAAGAUUAAACAGAGAAACCACCAUUGCUUUCUUCAGCUGGCUUUUACCAGAUGAUGCGGCUACAAUUAACAAUAAUGCUCAUUACAUGUCCGAAUAAUUCAGUAUUGGUACUGCCUGCCUUUCAUCAACCAUUUUUAUUCCAGGUAUGAUCGAGUCGAUACUAGUUCCGAUAUCAUGCUCGGGCACGUACCAGGAGCUCCAAUUGAAUGCCUUGGACGACGAAAAACUGAACACAACCCAUGCUUCUUGUAGGUGACAUCAAAAAUUGAUAAG